CAAACACGUAGGGCGCCACCUCUGACGCUCUUCUCACGCACUUCAUUUCCUCGCUGCUGUUCCUAAUUUCAGCCUUUCCUGCAAUUUCCACCGUUUCUAAACCGACGCUUUCCUCUUCCACAAACUUACGGUUCUUCACUCUCUGCUCUCUCACUCACUCACAUGUUCCCUUCUUUAAUUCCCUAACCCAACCACUUUUAAAGCGCCAUGGUUGCCCCCGACUUUUCCAAGUCUCAGACCUCUUCUUCUCCCAUGGCUAAACCCACUCUCCGCCAUAAGGCCUCUGCCUGUCUCGCCGAUGGGUUUCUCUUCCUUGGCGGCGCAUUGGUUGCUCUGCUUCUCGUCUGGACCCUUUGGUCCUUCAUUACCCCUUCUAUUAACCCCUCUGAUUUUGACUCCAUUAACGCCCAAUUGAACCCUCCUUCAGAUGUUUCGUCUUCACAGAGUUGCCAUACGGGUCCUUCUCUGGCCUACGACCCGCCGGAUGUUACCUUCUAUGAUGAUCCCAAAUUAAGCUACUCCAUCCAGAAGCCGAUGAAGAAUUGGGAUGAGAAGCGCCGACAGUGGCUGAAGCGGCAUCCCUCCUUUGCUUCCGGUGCUGGGGAGAGAGUGCUUCUUUUAACGGCGUCGCAGCCGGCGCCGUGCCGAAACCCCAUCGGCGACCACUUGCUUCUGAGAUUCUUUAAGAAUAAAGUCGAUUACUGUCGAAUCCAUGGCUAUGAUAUCUUCUACAACAACGCGUUGCUACAGCCGGAAAUGUUCGCGUAUUGGGCGAAGCUGCCGGUGGUUCGAGCGGCGAUGAUAGCUCACCCAGAGGCCGAGUGGAUCUGGUGGGUUGACUCGGAUGCGAUGUUCACCGACAUGGAAUUCAAGCUCCCACUCGAACGUUACAAAAACCACAACCUUAUCGUCCAUGGUUGGGCUCACUUGAUUUAUGAUCGGAAAAGCUGGACAGGGCUCAACGCCGGCGUGUUUCUCAUCAGAAACUGUCAGUGGUCCAUGGACUUUAUGGACGUGUGGGCCAGCAUGGGCCCACAAACGCCCAAUUACGAGAAGUGGGGACAGAUUCUGAAAUCAACGAUCCCGGACAAGCUGUUCCCGGAGUCAGACGAUCAGACGGGCCUAGUUUAUUUACUGUACAAAGAGAAAGAGAAAUGGGCGGACAAGAUUUACUUAGAAGCGGAAUACUAUUUCGAAGGGUACUGGGAGGAGAUCGUGAAGACAUUUGAUAACAUAACCGGGAAGUACACGGAGAUGGAGAAAGGAGCAGGGGAGCUCCGGCGGCGACACGCGGAGAAGGUAAGCGAGCAAUACGGUGCGUUUAGGGAGAAGUAUUUGAAAGAUGCUGGAAACGGGAAAGGGAGUUGGAGAAGGCCUUUUAUCACACACUUCACAGGGUGUCAACCUUGCAGUGGGGAUCAUAAUCAGAUGUAUUCUGGUGGAUCUUGUUGGGAUGGGAUGCGUAAAGCUUUGAAUUUCGCGGAUAAUCAAGUGCUUAGAAAGUAUGGUUUCGUGCAUCCGGAUGCACUGGAUCCCUCCGUCUCUGAAGUUCCUUAUGAUUACCCUGCCUAGAUUGUCGUGUAAACACAAAAGACAAAGGUAUGGAUAUUACCGUUCUUAAAGUAAUACAGACUUGUCGUGAUCUCUUAACAGUGUGUUCAUAUUUUGGAGAUGGGCAGUGGGUUUGAGUCAAAUUUGGAGUUUCUUUUAUCUUUAUCUGCCAAAUUAGAGCUAUGAUUAGUUGGGUUUUGAAUAAUUUGAAUCAAAUUAGAAAGGGAUUUGCA